UGGAGGAUUCUCAUUCUCAUUCCCAUUAGUCAUAUGGGCGAGCAUUUUAUAUCCCAGAAAUUCAAGUGAUUAUGGUGACUUUACAAAUGCAUUGUAUUGGAAAGCAGUUGUAAGGUAGAAAAAGAACGAUGAACUCUAUAGGUAAAGGGUUUAACUGUAUGUAAGGGUUCUCAUGACACUAAAGUUGAUUUGGAGUUUACCUGUUGUUGCUACUUAAGUAGUUAAUUAAGUUAUAGAGAUUACAUAAAUUGGUUGAGCUGUGUUUUAUCCUUCAUUUUCAGACAGAAAGGAGAAGACAAGUGUCUUGUUCAUGGCUUCCAGCAAGUUACGUGGAAUUAAGAAUGACUUGGCUAGAAGACUUUGAGUCAACAAGCUGCUGUGCCUUCUGACCGUCCCUGGCUGUGUGCAGCUGAGGUGGUGCUGCGCAAGUCAGGCAGAGGGUGAGUUGCUGCUAACAGGGCAUAACAGGUGGCCCUUUAGCUUCUCAUCCCAAGAUAUUUAUCCUGCCCACCUAUCCAUGAAGGUGAUUUCAGUAGGCCUAGAGAAGCUAGUCACCUUUGGUUCCACAGACCAGACUUCUUCAUCAGCGACUCUAGAAACCACAUUCAGCUUUGGCUGGCUGUGCUUAUGUCAUAUACCAAGAUCAAUUGGUCUCUUCUUGAAUGCUUCCAGCCUGCCAUCUUUCCUUACCCCUCCAAGCAUCAUGGAAGAAUUUUUAUAUUCUUUUUAAAAAAAUAUUUAUUUGGGGGGCAGUGUCAUGUUGUUGGGUCACACAGGCUCUUUCGUUGUGACACAUGGAAUCUCUAGUGGUAUGCACUCAGUAGCUGCAGCCAGCAGGCCUAACUCCCCCAUGACAUGUGGGAUCUUAGUUCCCCGACCAAGGAUCGAACUCACAUUUCCUGUAUUGCAGGGUGGAUUCUUAACCACUGGACCACCAGGGAAGUCCCAAAAAUCUUUUACAUUCUUAGUCUCUUCUUCAUUUCUCCCUAAAGUGUGCUUUGGUGCUUAAAGAGGGGACGUAUAGGAGUAUAUUCUUGGGGUUCCUGGAAAUAAAAUUCCUCUCUGCUCAGCUACUUGAGUGAGCAUAAGAAUCCCCGAGGACAUUCAUGUAUUCACAUAGCAUACAUUACCGAGGGCCUCCUGUAUGCCUAGACAGAAUUAGACACGCUGAUGUAUUGAGGCACGUGGAAACAGAGAUAGAGAACUGAUUGAGCAGCUUUUCCAGGAGACCACUAUGGGUGUAGGCAGAAGGCCAGAAGGUCUUGGGGGCAUAUGAUCAAAGGAGGCAGUAGGAGGCAUCAGAGAAACUUGACUCCUGAGGAAGAGAAUGUAGAAUAAAAAGGUGAGGCCAAAGUGUGAAUCCUGAGAACAUAAAUCAAUGUUGCUUAAAGCUUUGCUGUUGAUGAUUUUAAGUAGAGAGACUGAGUAGAUAAGUUAUUAUUUCCCAGUUCAGUAUUCUGCUUGCCUGCAAGAGUAUUUUUCUACGAGCAGUAGUUGAAAACACUUGUUCCAGAAUACUUAGGAUGUUGGAGGUGAUGAGGUGUUUACCUCCUGUUACAGUCCAAGAAAUAAAGUUUCCAGGAAUUCGACCAAUUUGGCUAACUAACCAUUUAAUUCAAUACAGGACUACCCAGAAGCCUAUAUAUUGAUUUGCCUUGGAAGUCAAAGGAGCUAGGAGUAGGAGAAUGAGAAGAAUAUAUUCAUCCCAAGAAUUGAACAGAGGAAUAGUGCCUGUUGCUCUUGAACCUAAAACAUUUCUACCCCAAGACUCGUCCCUUACACUCUUUAGGUGGUUCAUAUGUGUAUAUUCUGUGUCCCCAGUUAGCCAGUGUUGGGCACGGAUAACCUCUGCACCUCCUGUUUCUUGUGUUCUAGCCCCAAACCCAUCAGAAUCUUUCCUUGUCCUUCCAGGUGUCUCCAGUGCUGUGCCCUGGCUGUGCACUCUUGCUCUUAGAAACCCAGCGAGUUUUGCUUUCCCCUCUUCCAUGACCCUUGACCUAUUCUAACACAUUAUUAAGGGCAGAUAAGGGUACUUCCUGAAGAAGGAAGGCUCUUGUCUGGCCUGUUUCUGCUGUUUUCUAGUUUUAUCCCAGAACUUCACAAUUGCAGGGUGCUCUUGACUCUACUCCCUGGAGAAGGGAACAGCAACCUGCUCCAGUAUUCUUGCCUGGAGAAUCCCAUGGGCAGAGGAGAGCCUGGUGGGCUGUAGUCCAUGAGGUUACAAAGAAUCAGACACGACUGAGCGAGUUUCACUCACUCACUCACUCAUGACUCUUCUGCUGAACAGAGGUGCUUGGUCUCCUUGGGAAGAGAGGAUCUGUGGGUAAAACAGUGGGGAGUUCUCCCCUACAGGGGCCUGCUGGCUAGUAACAUACUGGGCUGUGAAGAGUGACCUCACAAAGCAAGGAUUCCCUCUGUGGACCCUUCUCCGUGGCCUUGUGGAAUCUAGAUGCGAGGAGAUUCCUAAGCAGAGAUUUUCUGUUGGAUGGUUAAAGCAAGGAAUAAAAGUUGAAAAUUUGGAAAAUGUCUCAGCACUUUUAUCACCAGGACCACGCAAGAAUCCUUUCUAACUCACUGUUGGAGAAUGCGUCACAUAUGUUCUAUGAGAAAUUAUGGAAAUUUCAGAGGAAAGAUACUCAGUUUCAGGCAUUUGUGAAGAAAGUCAUAAUGAGUCAUCUCUUUAAGAUAAUUAUGAUUAGCACCAUUUCAAUGAAUGCCUUUUUUAUGGUCUUGUGGACUGAUUAUAAAACAAGAUACAACUUGUUCAGACUUUUUGAGGUCUCAGAGCUCAUCUUUGUGUCCAUCUAUAGCUCUGAGUUCUGCAUGAAACUCUAUGUGGACCCCAUCAACUACUGGAAGGAUGGCUACAACCUGCUCGAUGUGGUCAUUAUCAUCAUCAUCUUCAUUCCCUACAGUCUCCGCAAGAUCAAGGGCAAGCACUACCCCUACCUCAACAUUGCCGACGGUGUGCAGUCCCUGCGCAUCCUCAAGCUUAUCACCUACAGCCGCGGCAUCCGGACACUCAUCACUGCCGUGGGGCAGACAGCCUACACCGUGGCCUCCGUGCUCAUCCUAUUCUUCGUCCUGAUGUACAUCUUUGCCAUCCUGGGCUUCUGCCUGUUUGGACUUCCAGAGGGGGGUGACAUGAAUAACUGGGGGAACCUGGCUUUGGCCUUCUUCACCCUCUUCAGCUUGGCCACGGUCGAUGGCUGGACAGACCUGCAGGAGCAGCUGGAUGCCCGGAAUUUGAUUCUGAGCCGUUCGUUCACCAUCAUCUUUGUCUUGCUUGCCUCCUUUGUCUUCCUCAGCAUGUUUGUGGGUGUGAUGAUCAUCCACACUGAGGACUCCAUCAAAAAGUUUGAGCGGGAGCUGAUGCUGGAGAGACGCAUGAACCUCAUGGAAGAGAAGCAGGUGAUUUUGAAGCGGCAGCAGGAAGAGGUCAGCAAGCUGAUGCAGACCCAGAAAGAUCUUGACCACAAGAGUUUCACUGAACUGGUGGAGAAGUUUAAGAAGACUUUGCGGCACACUGACCCCAUGGUCUUGGAUGAUUUUGGCACUAGCCUGCCCUUCAUUGACAUCUACUUGUCCACCCUGGACAACCAGGAUGCUACCAUCUACAAGCUUCAGGAGCUGUACUGCGAGAUCGUGCACGUGCUAAGCCUCAUGCUUGAAGACUUGCCCCAGAAGAAGCAGUCCAAGUCCUCGGAGAAGGUCGAUGAGAAUUAGCUGGAUGUGGUCACCCAGCCACUGUGGACCUCGGGGGCUGUGACCUGACCCCCCACCGUCCCCCAUUAAACACUUGUUUUCUGAGUUGA